CGCCGGAGGAGGGGGUCACGGCCAGGGGCCGCCCUGGAGCCGCUGCGCCCCCACGCGCCGUACGCUCCGGCGGGCUGGCCUGCGGAGUCGGGGCGCCGGGAGCCGCCGCCCGGCCUCCCGGGACCGUCCCGAGGGAGACCCGUGAGCAGCGCCUCUCCCGCGGUGGAUGACAAGCCCUGCGGGUCUUUACGCGGCCGAGGACAGGUUGCGUAUGUUCCUAGUCCUUUUUGUUUGUGUUUUGUAAUUGAAAAAAAAAAAAAAAAAAACUAAAAAUAACAGCGAGGGGUUCGGAGGCUCCGAGUUAUGUGAUCGCUAAGUGAUGGGAAGACAAACGAAAGUUCGUGAACCUUGGCGUCAAGCCAGGUCUGGGCAGGGACUUAGGAAGAGCCCAACCGGUCCAACAACCCCGUCGGAGUGUUGGGAGCCCGCUCGUUGUACGGUGGCUCAUCUUGACCCUGAGUUUUGCCCUUCCCGUGCCCACCUCAAAUCGCGUCUUUCAUUGCAAGGUGAUCCCCACCUUUCAGCGUCGUCAAAUCCAUUCGCUCCCAUUUCCUAUGGUAGCUGCUCGCUGCUUGCCUCCGUCAUUUUCUCAGGGCUCCCACCCCAGCACCCGCUGUGAUUUCUGGGACCUCGUCCAAGAACACCCUCCUUCCCCACUACUCACUUCUUUUUGUUCAGAGCUUACCCUUCAACCUUCAGAAACUUCUCAGAGGAAGCUUUUUGUAACCACCCACCUGGGUUUUGGUCAUUCGUUCAUACGUUCAUUCCCUCAACCCUUAACCUACAUGAUGGUGCAGAGGCCACAGCUACAGCUGGAGAAGCAGAAACUUACUUCAUUGAUAGAAAAACAAAACCAAAAACAGUGGGGCAAGAGGAACAAUCUUAAUUUGACUGAAAUUCCAGUUGGCCCCUCCUCUCCAUGCCCCACAUGAACUCUACACGAUUUCUUCCCAAACAUGUUUCUGGGGGUCAAAAAUGAUUUUUUCUGUUCCAUGUGGAAUCUGAACAUAAGCUAUCAAGAUGAUAGUUUUCAAAUAUGGUAAAAAAAAAAAAUUGUUAUUUAUUUAUUGACAAGUUCAAUACAGGUUGCUGUAGACUGGAGCAUUGGUUGUUUACUAGAGCUGGUUGUUCUAGUAAAACCCUCUCCCCGAGCUCUCCAGGUCACCCCUAAGGCAUUUCUAAGGAGGAAGAGAAUUAUUCUGUUACCUCAAGUCCAGUUUCCUUUCACUCAACUUGUGAUCACAGAAUGCUGUCUCACAAGGGAUUCAUCUACAGGGUCCAGGUCUUUCACUUUACAUGUGGAAAAGGCCCCAAAGUGUCGGCUGAGUGACUUGCCCACAGUCACAUAGCUGGUUAGUGGCAGAGCAGACACAGUGAUCAAGGUCGCCAGGUAUGACAGAGCAGGAGGGUCCUGCGUUACGUAGCAGCCCUUUACAAGCACCUGUGGAAACUUGGCCAAUCAGUUCUUCUCUCUGGACCACAGUUUCCUCCUCUGUGCAGCAGUCUAACAAUCCUCACCCAUCUCACGGGUUAUUGUGAGGUCGUGUGAUCAGGGCUGUGGAAGGGCUUUGUAAACUGUAAUAAUAGCCAAUACAUAAGAAGAAUGAACAGUUCUGGAACUCUUUUCAUGUGCCAGACACAGUUUUAAGUCCUCCAUGUGAGGUAAUCUCUAUUAUUUCUCCAUUUUGCAGGUGAGGAAACUGAGACACAGUGGAACCUAACUUCCCAAGGUCACCCAGCUAGUAAACUGUGAGCUGAGAUUCCAACUCCAGAGUCUGUGCUCCAGCUGGCUACACAAACUGAGUCUGUGGCUGACUGUAUCAUUCCUUGGCCCUCCACCAAAAAGGGCCGUAAACUACCUGUGUCCUUCAUCUCUUUCUUUUUGCCCCUUGGUCAGUGGCUCCCUUGUCUGACUGUGCCCAUUCAGUAGCUGGAUGUGCCUGAGGAGUGGCCCAUCUCCCAGUAGUUCCGGUAACAGUCAUCCUAUCAGAAACCUGGAGAAAUACCCUUUUGGGGUCACCUGUUUGUUAGGCAGAGUGAUCCCUUGGCACCUGACACAGCCCAGUUGAGUCUGAGUGUCUUCAUCUCCAGGCAGCGGGACUUCAACUAGGUCCACAAAGAAGCAAACAGCUUCUGCCUGAGAGCAGAAGAGUGGAGAGAUGACAGACCCUCUGGCCUGCCAUUUCCGUGGUUGAGAGUUGGGGUGAUAAGAAAUGUUGGCAGAUGCCAAAGAGGGAUGUAGUCAUUUUCCCCAUGCUUAGCCCUGCCUAUGUCAUGCUUUUUUUUUUUGGCCACACCACACAGCAUGCGGGUUAUUAGUUCCCUGACCAGGGAUCUAACCCAUGCCCCCUGCAUUGGAAGCAUGGAUUCUUAACCACUGGACUGCCAGGAAAGUCCCCAUGCCUAUGUCAUGCUGAGCCAUGCUGGAGGGUACUUUCUCUCCUUCCUUCUUUAAUUAUUUAACUGGACUAUUUAACCCAUUUACAUUUAUUGUGAUUUCUUUUUUUGGUAACAACUUCAUUGAGGUAUAAUUCACAUAUCAUACAAUUCUCCCACUUAAAGUAUACAACCAUCACCACAAUCAACUAUAGAACAUUUUCAUAACCUUAAAAAGAAACCCCAUAUUGUAUUCUUUAGCAAUCACUCCCCAACCCUCUCAUUCCCCCAGCCUUAAGCAACCGCUAAUAAUUUACUUUCUGUCUUUAUAGAUUGGCCUAUUCUGGACAUUUCAUAUACAUGGAAUCAUAUAAUGUGGGGUCUUUUUUGUCUGGCUUCUUUCACUGAGCAUAAUGUUUUCAAGUUCACCCAUGUUGUAACAUGUAUUAGUACCUCAUUCCUGUUUAUGAACAAAUAAUAUUCCAGUGUGUGGAUAGACCACAUUUUGUUUACUUAUUCAUCAGUUGAUAGACAUUUGGAUUGUUGCUACCUUUUGGCUGUUAUGUUUUCAUUUCUUUGGGUAUAUAUCUAGGCGUGAAAUUGCUGUGUCAAAUAGUAACUCUGUAUUUAACCUUUUGAGGAAUUGCUAGACUGUUCUAAAGUGGCUGCACUAUUUUAUAUUCCAGCAACAGUGCAAGAGGGUUUUGAUUUCUCCACAUCCUUGCCAAUACUUGUUAUUUUUACCUGUCCUUUUGAUUAUAAGCAUCCUAGUAUGUGGGAAGUGAUAUCUCAUUGUGGUUUUGAUUUGCAUUUCCCUAAUGACUUAUGACGUUGAGCUUCUUUUGAUGUGCUUAUUAGACAUUUUGAUAUCUUCUUUGGAGAAAUGUCCAUUCAAAUAAUUGCCCAGUUUUUAAUUGGGUUAUUUGUUGUUGUUGUUUUUUACUGUUGGGUUGUAAUAGUUUUUUAUAUAUUCUAGACAUAAAUCUCUUAUCAAAUAUGUAUUUUGCAAAUAUUUUCUCCAUUCUAGGGAUUGUCUUUCACUUUCUUUGUAAUGUCCUUUGACAUCACGCACAUUUUAAAAUUUUGAUGAUGUCCAAUCAUCUGUUUUUUUCUUUUGUUGCUUGUUCUUUUGGUAUCAUAUCUUAAGACGCCAUUGCCAAAUCUAAGGUCAUGAAUAUUUAUCCCUAUGUUUUCGUCCAAGAGUUUUGUGGUUUUAGCUCUUGCAUUUAGUCUUUGGUCCACUUUAAGGUAGUUUUUGUAUGUGGUGUGAGAUAAGGGUACAAAUUAUUUUUUGUUUGUGGCUAUCCAAUUUUCCCAGCAUCUUUUGUUAAAGAGGCUAUUCUUUCCCAUUUAAUUGUCUUGGCACCCUUUUUGAAAAUCCAUUGACCUUAGAUGUAUGGGUUUAUUUCUGGGGUCUCAAUUCUAUUCCAAUGAUUUAGAUGUCCAUCCUUAUGCCAGUAGCACACUGUCUUCAUUACUUUUACAGUAACCUUUGAAAUAGGGAACUGUGAGUCCUUCAACUUUGUUCUUCUUUUUUAGGAUUGUUUUUGCGGUUCUGAAUCACUGGAAUUCUGAUAGGGAUUAUGUUGAAUUUAUGGAUCAGUUUGAGAAGUAUUGCCAUCUUAAUAAUAUUAAGUCUUCCAUUCCAUUGACAUGGAAUAAAUAAAUUCCGUUUAUGUAGGUCUUUAAUUUCUUUCGAUGAUCUUUUGCAGUUUUCAGAGUGUAAGUUUUACACUUAUUGUAUUAAAUGUAUUCCCAAGUAUUUUAUAUGAUGCUAUUGUAAAUGGAAUUGCUUUCUUAAUUUUAUUUUUGGAUUGUUCAUUGCUCGUGUGUGGAAAUACAAUUGAAUUUUGUAUAUUGAUCUUAUAUCUGGCAAGCUUACUGAACAUGUUUUUUAGCAGAUAUCUUAGAAUUUUCUACACGCCAGAUCACGUCACAUGUGAACAGAGACAGCUUUACUUCUCCCUUUCCAAUCUGGGUGCCUUUCCUUUCAUUUCUCUGCUGGGGGCAUUUUUACAGGUUUAUUACAGAUUUCCUGCAGGGAGCUUUCUUCACAGGGCAGGCUGGACGGCUGCUGAGUGUCUGAAUGAAAGGGUCAGGCAGACCCUGUUUGACUCAGGACAGCCAAGACCCUGCAGUUCAUCUACAUCCACAUUCCUCUCACAUUGCUUCACACAGCUAAGGUUUUUUUAAACACACAUCUUUAAAGAACUAAGAAAACUUCUAUGAAUAUGAUUAAUGAUGUGAAAAUAUGUUUACCUCAGGAAUACUUAAAGCAACCACUCUUUUUUUGUUUUAAUUAAUAUUUAUUGGAGUAGAGUUGAUUUACCUUGUUGGGUUAGUUUCUGCUGUACAGCGAAGUGAAUCAGUUAUACAUAUACAUACAUCCACUCGUUUUUAGAUUCUGUUCCCAUGUAGGUCGUUACAGAGCACUGAGUAGAGUUCCCUGUGCUAGACAGUAGGUCCUUAUUAGUUAUCUAGUGUGUAUAUGUCAAUCCCAAUCCCUCAGUUUAUCCCUGCCCCCUCCUCUCCCCCUUGGUAACUGUAAGUAAAGUGGCCACUCUGAUUCAGUUCUGCAUAAUGCAGAGCUUCCCUCUGCCCCAGUUUUCUGCUCCCCUAACAUCCAGGAAUGUCCGUGUCAAAGGUAUAUCAUAUCUGUGUAUUUUUUUCCUUUUUUGAUUUCUCCAUGGUUUUGCAGCAGAAACACACACGGGAAUAUGGAAAAAUCUUCAAGUCUCACUUUGGUCCUCAGUUUGUAGUAUCUGUUGCAGACCGAGACCUGGUGGCUCAGGUGCUCCGGGCAGAGGGGGCCGUGCCCCAGAGAGCCAACAUGGGGUCCUGGCAGGAGUACCGAGACUUACGGGGCAGAUCCACCGGGCUCAUCUCCGCUGUCUGUCCUGUCUUCAUCCCAUUUGGACUGGCAGAUCUUGUUGACUCUUUAUUGCUGGGAAAUUUUUGCAGAGAUACUCUGAAUUCCUUCCUAGAAUAUCACUAUAAGUAAGACUAUUUGGAAUUCACUUUAUUCUAGGGAGGGUGAACAGUGGCUCAAGAUGAGAAGUGUGUUGAGACAAAGAAUUCUGAAACCGAAAGAUGUGGCCAUUUUUGCAGGAGAAAUCAACCAAGUUAUUGCUGAUUUAAUUAAAAGAAUCUACUUCCUCAAGAGCCAGGCAGAAGAUGGGGAGACUGUGACCAACAUCAAUGACCUUUUCUUCAAAUAUUCAAUGGAAGGAGUGGCCACCAUUCUUUACGAGAGUCGUCUGGGCUGCCUGGAGAACAGCGUCCCGCAGGCGACGAUGGACUACAUCGAGGCCCUGGAGCUCAUGUUCUGCACGUUCAAGACGUCCAUGUACGCUGGUGCCAUCCCUAGGUGGCUCCGCCCGCUCAUCCCCAAACCCUGGCGGGAAUUCUGCAGGUCCUGGGAUGGACUCUUCAAAUUCAGCCAAAUUCACGUUGACAACAAGCUGAGGGACAUACAGUGCCAAAUGGACCGAGGGGAGAGAGCGAGAGGGGGCCUGCUCACGUACCUCUUCCUCAGCCAGGAGCUGACACGGGAGGAAAUCUACGCCAACAUGACCGAGAUGCUGCUGGCUGGCGUGGACACGACAUCGUUCACGUUGUCCUGGGCAGUGUAUCUCCUCGCGAGGCACCCGGAAGUGCAGCAGACCCUGUACCGGGAGAUAGUGAGGAAUUUGGGGGAAAGGCAUGUUCCCACGGCUGCAGACGUCCCCAAAGUCCCACUCGUCCGAGCUCUGCUUAAGGAAACCUUGAGGCUGUUUCCAGUGCUGCCGGGGAAUGGCCGGGUCACCCAGGAAGACCUGGUUGUUGGCGGGUAUCUGAUUCCCAGAGGCACCCAGCUGGCCCUCUGCCACUAUGCCACCUCCUACGAGGAUGAGAACUUCCCUCGGGCCAAGGAGUUCCGGCCUGAGCGCUGGCUGAGGCCAGGAAACCUGCGCAGGGUUGACAAUUUCGGGUCCAUCCCGUUUGGCUACGGGGCUCGAAGCUGCAUCGGGCGGAGGAUUGCAGAAUUGGAGAUCCACCUCCUUGUGAUUCAGUUGCUUCAACGUUUUGAGAUCAAAAUAUCUCCUUGGACUAAAACUGUUCAUGCAAAAACCCAUGGGCUUCUGAUGCCAGGGGAGCCCAUCCACGUGCGUUUUGUUAACAGAAAGUGAGCUUGGCGUUUUCACCCAGCUGCCAGACCGACACACACCAGGUGUUCGUGGGCCACGGAUGAUGGUGGGGGAGAAAAGGAUCCCUUCUGGGGGCUGUCUUGGUUAUAAAUUGGCCUCCCGGCUUCUGGGAGACUUUGAAAUCUUUAUGCAAAGUAAUGUGAGAAGAUUGCUUUACUUUUGCAUACCAGAGUUGCCUUUUCUUUUUUUUUUUUUUGGAGAAACAGCUGUUGCGAAGCCAGUGGCACUGAAUUCUCAUGCCUCAUAUGGUGUCUUACCCUUGGACUCACUAUUCACUUACCCAUAGUCUCCUCUGCAUUUGGGCCAGGAAAUGUUGGCAUACAUAUAGAUUCAGUGCUUGAAUAUACCUUCUCUAAUACUGCAUCCGGGACUGCCUGUUAGGAUACAAUUCCAACUUCUUGUUUUUAAUUUGAAGAGGAAACAUUAAGAGACCUCUGUAGAACAGACCUGUGGUUGCCAGGGGGGAGGGGAGGUGAGGGAGGGAAGGAUUGGGAGUUCGGAAUUAGCUCUAUAGCACAGGGAACUAUAUUCAAUAUCCUGUGAUAAACCAUAAUGGAAAAGAAUAUGAAAAAGAAUGUAUAUAUGUAUAACUGAAUCACUUUGUUACAUAGCAGAAAUUAUCACAACACUGUAAAUGAACUACAAUAAAAUAAAUUAGAAAAAAUAAAAAGGAAUGCCUCUCUAAUACCAUAAUUACGGGAAGAAAACACCCAGGCGACACCAAGCCCCAGAUUUAGAUCCUGCAGCAGGGCUCCGAAUUAAAAGGACCAUAUUCUUAUUUUUUUCUCCAAACUAAUAUUUCUUUUUCUAGUCAUAGCUCCUAAAGAAGUUGAAUAUUAGUUUUUUGGUUUGAAAGAAAUAAUCAAUACGAAAUAAAACACCUGGGGAAGUCAAGAAUAAUCAGAUUUUCUGACCGAAUCUAAGUACUCAGCAGAUGUAUAAGAACUGAAAAUCUGAGCACGUGACAUUUCAUUGCCUACAUUGAGAAAAAUGAAUUAAACAGACACUGUAGAAAACAGUGUAACUUUAGAACAUUUUUAUUUCAAGGAAAAAUAAAUAUGUAAAUGGACAUUCUCUAGACAAAAUCAUAUUUUUAUCUUCAUAGUCUUAUUUUAAAUAUCCAAACUGGAAAUGUGAUCCAGGUGUUGGCGCUGACAGAAGGCUCUGACUGAAUGCCUCGGGUGCCUAGGAGCCUUUCAAUGUUCUGUUGCUCAGCUCAUGCCACCUGUUGGUCGCUAGUAAAAAACACAAUUUUAUAACAUUCUCUCUGUGCCUUCAUGCUUGAGACCUCCUAGUCUCAAUUCCAUAAGUCUCUUUACAUAAUCCUUACCCUCAAAUCACUUUCCUACGAAUAUGUACCAUAAAUCUUUCUUCCCCUCUUUAGUUGGUCAUUCUGCAAAGUAAUCCUUAAAUAAUAUAGAAAUAGUAUCAAUUUCACAUACCAUUUUUGUUUGAGUAUAUAAAGUGCGAUGACAGAAUAACUUUAGUGCGAGUGCUGUAAAAAUAUGUAGAGUUAAAUAUGAAAUUAUGUCAUGAACUGAAAAAAUGUUGGAUUCCUUUGAGUUAGCAGUAUAUAUAUUAAAUUUUAUAAACUAGAUACAGUUUUAUUCUGUUGGAGACUGAAAUUUAAAAAUACUGAGACACCAGGAAACUUGAGGUGAACUCUUAUUCUACAAGGUGACCCUCUAGUGAUGUGUGGCCCUGCCCAGGGAUGGGCACAGACAGGUGGGUCGCACCUGUGCCCACCUCUUGGUCUCCACAGACAGAGAGAGAGGCAGCCAGACCUUAGGAGCCUCCUGGUGUGACCAGCGGGACGUGCAUGGCACCAACUGUGAAGCAUUCUUGCCAAAGAAAGUGAAAUCGAAUCAGUUAAGUCUCUAGAUCCACCAGUUUAUGGGAAAUACAGGGUAUAGAGGGGCAUGUUAAAAUUGCAUGUGGAUGCAAUCAGCAAAAUCCAGCCCACAGCAAAGUCUACAGGACAAAUAACUUAUUUCCCCAACAAAUAAGUGACAAGAAAAAAGAAAAAGAAGAAGGGGGAACUGUUAUAGAUUAAGAGAUUUACAGGAUAAUUAGGGAAAUUUGAACAAUGUGUAUUUGAUGAUAUUAAGGGAUUAUUGUUACAUAUUGUUGUUUACAUUAACAAGAGAGAUCUUAUCUUUUGGAGGUCUUCCUUAAAGAUAUAAAUAUGCAAUGUUUAUGGAUGGAAUGUUAUGAUAUCUUGGAUUUGCUUUAAAAUAACCCAGCUUGCUGUGGAGGGUGGGUGAUGUGUGUGUGUGUUGGGGGGUGGGGGGCUGGGGGAGGAAAAGAUGAACCAAGAUUGGCCCGAUGUUGAUAAGUGUAGAAGCUGGGUGAUGGGUACCUGGAGGAUUCAGGCCUCCAUUCUCUGCUUUGUGUCCAUGUGAAUGUUUCCAUAAUAAAAAGUGUCUUCAAAAACCAAA